CUCUGUCUGGAAUCGAGUUUUCCAUCUCGUCAAGUAGGAACGCUGGAACAGAUCUUCCGAUGGCUCCGAAGCACGCGGCGAUGCUCUCCUGCGGAGCUCUUGCGAAAAUGCAAAAGGAAGAAGAAGUCAAGGAGCCGAUCCUGCAGGUCGUGGAUCUAAAGCCGGUGAAGGACUGCCGCUUGAGAGCUUAUCUCUGGGAUGGUGUUGAACAGUUCAAUUAUGGCAUGAUUUCAUCUCAAGCGAUACCCCCCAUUCAAGACAAGCUCAAGCCGAACUGUCUCAUCAAAGUGAAGACAUUCAGCCUCACGAUCACAAAAGACAGACCCAUAAUAAUUUUGAUGGAGUGCGAAGUUGUUGCUCUAGCCGAAGAUGUCGGCGACGAGCUCUUGAAACCGACAGAAAGUCAGAAGAGAGUCCUUGCAGAGAACUCGAACAGCUCGCAAAGCAAUCAAUCAACACCUGCGAAAGUACCACGAGUCCUGUCCCAGGGGAGCCCGUCGUCCAGGAUGAAUAUCACACCCAUCAUCGCGCUGAAUCCCUUCCAAAGUCGGUGCACGAUUCGCGGUCGCGUCACAAGCAAGGGAGAUAUCAAAACAUGGGAGAAGGCGAGCAGCCGUGGGAAAUUAUUCUCGUUUGAAGUUCUGGAUGACAGCGGCGAGAUUCGCAUCACAGCCUUCAACGAGCAGUGCGACAAAUUCUACGACUACAUCGAGGUCAAAAAAGUAUUUUACAUCUCCGGAUUCCAAUGCAAAUCGGCAAACAAACAAUUUAGGACGACCAACAACGAGUACGAGCUCACUCUCGGGAAAUUCUCGAAUGUGGAGCUCUGCACAGAGGUGUGCGAUGAUCUUCCGGAGCAGGUUUUCUCUUUUGUGAAGAUUUCUGAUAUCGAGACCAUGCCCGACGAUCAGAUUAUCGACGUUUGCGGAAUCCUCAAAGGCGUCGGCGACAUCCAAACGAUCAAUCGGAAAUCUGACGGCAAACCAUUCACGAAGCGCGAGGCCUUCAUAGUGGAUACCUCCAACAAGGUCGUCUCGCUCACCCUCUGGAAUGACGCGAUCAGUAAAAUUGAUCGUACGGAUCACCCAGUCGUCCUGAUCUCGAAAGCGCGGAUCUCAACAUUCAAUGGCGGUUUGAGCAUCGCCACCAGCACGGGAUCGUCUGUAGAAAUCGAUCCCGACAUCGACCGUGCCAGGGAGCUCCGAGCCUGGUGGAAGAAUGAAGGCGAACGCCAGGAAUUCGAAAGCCUCCGGGGUUCCGGUGGAACAUCCGACUACUCCGCGGAAUAUGUGGAUUUCGAGGCUAUGACCAAACGUGGCGAGCACUUAUCGGGAGUUACCGACAAGCCGCUGUAUCUCUGGAACCGUGCCACUAUAACGAUGUUCAACAAAGAAACCUCCAUGUACAAGGCGUGCCCCAAUGAGAACUGCAUGAAGAAAGCUCAGGAUCAAGGCGAUGGAAAUUACUCCUGUGAGAAAUGCGCAACGUCUGGACCGAAUUUCAAAUGGAGGCUUGUCCUGAAAAUGGCCGUGGCGGAUGCAACGAAACAGCUUUGGUGCACGGCUUUCAAUGAGAAAGCUGAACAGAUACUCGGGGUGACUGCCGCCACACUCGGCGAUUAUUCCGAGAACAAUCCUGACGAGAUGGACAAGAUUUUCGCCGAUGCUAUGUUCAAACAAUUCCACUUCAAGUUUAGAGGUCGGAUGGAGGUUUACCAGGAUGAACGUCGCUUCAAUACAGCGGUUAUCGACGUGAAAGAAGUCAAACUCGUUGACGACUGCCGUCAUUUGGCGAACGAUAUCGGCGCUUUGGCAAAGUUCCUGUGAACGGAAUGGAUACCCGCGGAACUCCUCGAAUGAAGGUGGUGCUGGACUCCUCCUCUUCACAUGAUAUCCAAUCGAAGUUCAGAUGAUAGCCUCAGGAAUUCUAUAUUUCCGAUAAUCGUCGCAUUUGUGAACCCAAUACUGUACAAUAAACGAUUUGAGAGCUCCCUCAGAGCCAGCUUUGAAGCACAGAGAUGGCGAACGAAAAUUUCUGUGGAGCUACGUUUCUAAAUUGAGUAAAUUGCCCCUAUCGCCGAAGUUUUGUGAAUGUGGACGCGAUUUGAGAGAAAGUCCCCUGCUUCUCCCCAUUACGAUAUUCUGUGCUGUUACAUGAUCAUUCCGAUAGUGGAGUUAUUUGAGAGAAUAAACACGCUUGACCCUCUCGUCUAAUUUAA